UGAGCACACCGAGGGGCGUUCGUCUUGGCUGGCGGACACGAAACCACACCAACAGGACAGUUUGACAGAAGUUGCAGCUCUCCUGAGGAGCGCCCUCGAGGCUAUCAUCGGCGCUGUGAAACCGAGCAAGUGCAGUUCGUUGACGCGAGCGGACGACGAGGUGCUUCUAGAGUAUUCCGACAAUCACCGCGUGUCGCAUUACUGCACAUAUUAAGGAUUAUCAUCUCCUCGUUCUACGCCUGCAGAGACUGUGAUAUAGUGAGAGUAAUUUAUUGUUUUAUUGACACCGUGCGGAGGACUGUGAUAGAGAGUUGUUAUACUCGUAUAAGCGUGUAACGAGUAUCGCUUAUACUCAACAAAGAUGCAGAACAUUCUCGCAUGACCGCGCCGGCCUUCCAACGACCAGCCGACCGUGUCACCCGUAGUAAACAACAAGUGCAGUGCUUCGUCGUAAACGCUCGACCGUACAGGUGAACCGUAGAACGUUAUAAUCGAAGCCCAUCGGUGGUGAGAAGAGGGUAUAACUAAAAUAAAUCGCAAACCGCCCAGUCGUUGGGGGAGGAAGCGAGAGUAGCCGAGUGGAUCAGCGGUGAGCACCAAGGAGAAGGAAGAAGGCGGAGGAACCGGAGGCGGGUGCCGAGAGAUUCGCGAAGGGGAAUCGAUCGCGCGAUCGCCAUUUUGCCGGGGCCCUUGUACCGCGGUGCAUCUUCCCCAGGUUGCACGAGGAAGAACCACCGCCUUGAGUUCCGAGUAUCGUGCGGCAGGGUGCAACAGCCUCGAGGCCAAGACGACGAGGGCCCGCAACCGUUUCGCUUAGGGGUUUUGGCUAUUGAUCGUCUCCGAGCAGCCGGGGUUCUCCGUUCUUCAGGGCGGCCAUAUUAACUGCCCGAAGCUCAAGACCGAAGGCAGGCUGGGCGGUCGGCUGAGCGAGGUGUUGGGUCCCGCCGUGGAGGAGGCCAUUGAGCCCUGGGAUGCACCCUCGCUGACGGGACCCAGCGGGACUUCGACGCCGAGGCAGGCGCCGCCGCCACCCCCGCCCCCACCCCUACCGCUAACCGCGUCCUCGCCGAGCCCCCCGCGACCCCCGAGGCCGCCGCCACCCCCGCCGCCCCCGCCCCAACAGCCCCAAGCCCUCGCCGUACCUACUCGGGCGAAGCUCGCCUCCGCGGCCAGGGCCCAAAACAAGAAGAUGGGGACCGUGCUGUCGUUCAGUCCGCGGGACCGGCGUGGGUCCGGUUACCCGACCGCGGCCCAUCAGCACCCCGCCGAUUUCACCCUGAACAACUUCAACUAUGAACAGCUGAACAACGCCAAGAACCGCGAGAAUAAGGGCACGUCCUCGGUCGCGCCGGCGCCGACGAAUCAGCCCAACAACAACUCGCUGCAGAACAAUAAUAUCAAUCUGAACUGCAACGACAACGCGAGGAUAAUAUCCGAGAAGAAUGCCCUCGACAAGAACCUCAAAAAGCACUCGCUGUUCAUUAACGCUCUGUCGUGGAAACGGUUCAGCACUACCAACAACAACAAGAAGAAACUUGACAACAAAAAUAAAAACAUUACCUUCAGACAGCCUCUCGACAAUAUACCCAUCGUUGAUAAGAACAAGAACAUACAGACCCCGCAGAUCAAAGUACCCGUGACAAACAACAAUCACACGACGCACAAUCCAACCUGUGAAAAAUUGGUCCAAAAACCUCUGCCCCCCGGCCCGAGGAAGACUGUUAUUCAGGCCUCGACGUCGGAGCUGCUCAAGUGCCUCGGUGUCUACCUGCAUGGGAAAUGCACACGGUUGCGCGACUUCCAGGCUGGUGACGCGGUCGUUUGGCUAAAGAAAGUCGACCGGAGUCUGCUACUUCAGGGAUGGCAGGACGUCGCCUUCAUCAACCCCGCGAACGUCGUGUUCGUGUACAUGCUGGUUAGAGAGUUGGUCGACGGCGAGGAAGCCUCGGAGAAGGAGCUCCAGGCGACGGUAUUGACGUGCUUGUACUUGAGCUACAGCUACAUGGGUAACGAGAUAAGCUAUCCCCUGAAGCCCUUCAUUAUCGAGGACAACAAGGACAAAUUCUGGGACCGAUGUCUCCUGAUCGUCAAUCGACUUAGCGCUAAAAUGCUUCGCAUUAACAGCGAACCCGGAUUCUUCACGGAGAUCUUCACCGAGCUCAAGGCAUGCGGAGCAGGAGAUCGAGGAACCCUGGCUGGCAGCGGUCUGGAGCGGAGCCUCGUCGUCUCCGGAAUCGCCGUGCCAACCAAGGCAGCUUGACGGAGUUACACACACCUGCUGGUGCGCAUCG